GCGGCUGCCAUCGGGGUCAUGCUGGUCCUGGUGCUGGUGGUCCUCAUCCCCGUCCUGGUCAGCUCCGUGGGCACCGACACCAGCCACUUUGAAAUGCUGGGUACCUGCCGCAUGGUGUGCGACCCCUACCUGAACAAGGGCACCACGGCCAGCAGCACCAGCUCCAGUGGCAUCCAGGCGGAGGCCGAGGCCCUCAGCGACAACAGCAACAUGCCCUCCACGCUGGUGCAGGGCCCCCAGGGCAAGCAAGGCAGGCAAGGUAAACCUGGACUCCCGGGACCGCCUGGAGAGCCAGGGCCACCGGGGCCAGUGGGACCCCCUGGAGACCGAGGGUCUGGAGGGAGGACUGGGAUUUUGGGGUUGGGGGGGAACGGAGCUAUCAGCACGGCCACCUACAGCACAGUGCCCCGGGUGGCCUUUUAUGCAGGGCUUAAGAACCCCCAUGAAGGCUAUGAGAUCCUUAAGUUUGACGACGUGGUCACCAACUUGGGAAACAACUACGACGGCAUCUCAGGCAAGUUCAUCUGCAGCAUUCCUGGCACCUACUUCUUCAUCUACCAUGUGCUGAUGAGAGGAGGGGAUGGGACCAGUAUGUGGGCAGACCUCUGCAAAAAUGAACAGGUGCGAGCCAGUGCCAUUGCCCAGGACGCUGACCAGAACUAUGACUACGCCUCCAAUAGCGUCAUCCUCCACCUAGACGCAGGCGACGAGGUCUAUAUCAAGCUGGACGGGGGCAAGGCUCACGGCGGCAACAACAACAAAUACAGCACCUUCUCUGGGUUCAUCCUCUACGCCGACUGAACCCACGCAGGUGGCACGUCCAGAGAGAGAAAGACAAAGUAAGAGAGUAAGAGAAACAGUUGUAAUGAGGGAAGGAAGGGGUUAAAAGCCAGAAUGCUUUCUAGUUUCCUGGUUCUCUCCAUCUUCACACCAACCUCUGCUUAUAAAACACAUCAGCCCCAAAUCAAGGUUCUCCAGCUCAGCUCGGCCUGCCUGCCUGUCUGCCGUGCUGUGAGGGAGGGAGGGAGGGAGAACACGAUGAUAGGGGAGGGAGUAGUGAGGGGUGAAACUUGGUAGAGAGAGGUGCCCUCCUCAUCAGAAUUCUAACCUGUCAGUUGCUCCUUGCUUUCCUCCUCCUCAAACUGGAAAAUAAACCAACUAACGCCAAGUGGAUCCGGCCUCAUCAUCUUCUCUCCUUAACAGUUGGCUAUAUGGACUCUGUUGACUGAAAUUGUCCUAUCUUGUCGUUGUGUGCUUUUCCUUAGAAUGUCAGUAUUUUACUUUUGUAAAAGAUACUACUACAUCGUAUAUUUACACAAAAGAGGAUAUUAAAAAUAUGUUUGUCCCUUGUGAGAAAAAAAACUUGAUUUUGAGAGAAUGGUUUUGUGAGAUGUUGAUUGUGAUUCAGAAGCCUUUAGUUGAGAAAUGGAAACAAAAGGUGUCAUUAUGGUUUCUAACGGUAUAUGAUUUCUUGCAUUUGACAGCUGGCGAUCACAUGGUGUUUGUUUAUGGGUGAUGUCAGCUGUGGGAACACAGACCUGGUUUGUGGCUGAAUGUUAUUCAUGCAUAGGAUGUUAUACAGAUACAACAUUACAUUUUCCUUGUCCCAUCCAACGUAUCUAGAGUCUCUAUCCUUGCCCCUUGUCCCAUCCCUAUACCCCAAUCCUAUUUGUCUAUACAGGGCCAAAGUGGGUUGAAAAUAGACUAAAAUGUAUAUUAGAUAUUCUAGUUAAGUAGAUAUCCUCCACCAUCAAUGAAGCCACAUAUUCAGAUUCUGAGGUAACCUAGAGAGAGAGAGAGAAAUUGAGCGAGAGAGAGAGAGAGAGAGAGAAAUGGAGAGAGAAAUGGAGAGAGAGAGAGAGAAAUGGAGAGGGGGGGUGGGAAGUUUUUAUGGCGAGGCAGAUUUUCUGUUUCAGUGUCUGAGGCUUCACUGGAUGUAAUUCGUCAUUAGCUGCAUAUUCACUGAUACAUACAAGCAUUAUGGUAAUAUUUACUCAACAUGGCGGGCUGACAGCUUGCUUAAGAAUGAAAUUGAUUGGGUGAGUGAGUGACUUGGCUUCUUAGCAUUGUGUGUAUGUGUAUGUGUGUGUGUGUGGGUGUGUGUGUGCGUGUGUGCAUGUGUGUGUGUGUGUGUGUGUGCGUGUGUGUGCGUGAAUGUCUGUGUUGGUGUGUGUGCGUGAAUGUCUGUGUUGGUGUAUUUGAGUGUUUGCAUCAGAGCAUGCGCCGUGCCAUUGCUACAUUGUUGUUUUUCUGUUAAUCUGUGCUACAGCCAAUGACAGAUAUUUUACUCAGCAGACAAUGAGAUUGCAUUACGUAGGGAGGGGAGCCUCUGUAGAGAUGAUGAUAAGAACAAACAGCUUGUAAAUGAAAUCUAUGCUAUGUUUGUCUAUCUAAUUGUAUCUUUUUGAAUUGUUGAAUACAUUUAAAUAAUAAAUGGGAUUUUCGGAG